AUGAUGGGAUCGAUGAUAGUGUUCCUGUUCCUACUCUUGGCGGUGGACGACUCGACUACUCUCUCCGUUAAUUCGAACCCCGAAUACGUGAAGCAAUGUUCGAGGAGCGAUCCGAAGCUGAAGACGUGUCUGAUAAACGCUCUUCAUCAUCUGAGACCGUAUCUAAGCGUUGGGAUACCGGAAAUCGAGCUGCCUUCGGUUGAACCUUUUCGUAUGGACGAGCUGACUCUGUCCCUGACAGGUGGUACAAACGGUUACAAGGUACAACUACGAGAAUUGUUCGUAAGGGGAGCGAGCAACUACACCGUUGAGGACAUUAAACUCGGCUCACCCUUUGAGGCUAUUGUACGAAUGCCAGCCCUUAUCUUGGACGCGCAUUAUACCAGUUCAGGAGUACUGAUCAUUCUACCAGCCAGCGGCAAUGGAACAUUCCACGGCCGGUUCGACGAUCUCAAAGCUCUUGUCAAAGGUACCGUUUCGACGAAAGUGAAGGACGGUAAGACGUACCUUAACCUCGAGAACCUCGAUGUCGAUCUGGAAGUCAAGAACGUGCACAUGAGAGUCCGCAAGAUUUUUAAUAAUAAUCGGAUACUUACGGAAGCAACAAAUUUGUUCCUCCGUGAGAACGGACAGGAAGUGCUAAAGGCGAUGGAGCCGCAACUGAAGAAGAAACUGUCCGUACUCUUCGCUGGCAUCGUCAAUCAAUUGUUACGUCACGUACCAGUCGAAGUGUUCCUCCUGCCUUGA